AUGCCUGAGAUGCACAUAUGCAAAAACUGUCUUCGCCGGAGUUUGGAAAUACAGUUCUUUUCCUCGACUUUGGGGUCUCUGACUUGUCCUCUCUGCCACGAGCAACUAUCAGAUGACGACGUCCAGCGGUGGGCUAGCAAAGAGACAUUCGAAGCCUAUGACUACGUACGAACUCGGCAAAUGUUAGAAGAGGACGCCGAGUUCGUCACUUGCGUCAGGCAAGAUUGCGGAUAUGGGCAAUUACAUGCCGGUGGCUUAGAAGAUCCAAUUGUCGUUUGCGGCUCGUGUGGGACCCGGACGUGCUUCAUACAUCGACAUAAUGUCUGGCAUGAUGGUUUAACAUGCUCGGAAUAUGAAGAGUAUAUUAACCAUAGAAGUGACGACUUCGAGGCACAUAAUGAAUCUCAGACAGGCUAUCACAUGUUUCCUGAAACCAAUGCACUGAGGCAAAGGCCGCAAGGCCCAGAGGAUUGGUCUAUUCAAGUGGCCAUGAGUAUGCGGGCAAUUGCUGAGACGGCAAGACCUUGCCCUGGUUGUAAUGUGGCCACAGAGAGGUCGGGAGGGUGCAAGCAUAUGACAUGUAUCUUAUGCCAGCAGGAGUGGUGUUGGGACUGUGGUAUUCGUUGGUACCGGGGACACCUCGACAUUGAAUGUAUCCAGCCUUUGCGAUAA